AUGAAGUUCGGCGCGAAGAUCAAGUCGCGAGUGGCGGCGCUCGAGGCCUUCAUCUCUCGAGACGCCUUCAUCGACUACGACGGCCUCAAGCGGAUCAUUGACGACGGCAUGAGAGCCUCGGCAACACUCGGCAACACUCGACCCCACUCGAGCCUCCUCCCGCGCCGCAGCUCGUCGUCGUCGUCUUGCUCUGCGCGGCGGCGGCCGCGGCUGGCCGUGGUGAACACGCUGCCCUCGGCGCUCACCGCGCUCGGCGGGCCGGCGCGGAUCGGCGCCCCGCCCGCCGCCUCGGAGGCGACCCGCCGCUACCAGGCCGAGCUGCGCUGGUGCGCCCUCCUCUACGUCGCCGGCUGCGGCAUCCGCGCCGUGUGGCCGCGGAUCGACGUCGAGCGCGUCUGCUUCUUCGACUCGCCGCUCAGCGUGACCCUCGUCGGCCGGCGCGCGCACGUCCGCUGCUGCGAGGCCACGCGCGGGCUGGGCCGCGCGUGCUUCCCCCUCAUCUUCGUGGCGCAGUGCUGCUGCUGGUGCGGCAUCACGACCACCCGGCAGGUCUGGCACGGGCUCGAGGAAAGCAUCUGGGCGGCGCUGGCGGCGGGCAUGCUCCCGGCCCUCCUCUUCGUCGGCAGCUGCUGCGGCGCCCUGAUCUGUGUCACCUGUGGAUGUUCUACGCCGCAGUGCCGCACCUUCUUCCGCGCGACUUUCCGGCCACGCCCCUGCCUCGGCACCUGCCACGUUUGGCACACCAGCGCCUUCGGAUCGCUGCCCUACGCGUGUGCCGCAGAUGGCAUCCACCGGCAGCCUGCGUGCGCGCGCCUUGCUGCACGGGGGUCGCUCUGGAGUGCGCACGCACUCUUUGCGGAUGCACUCUCGAUCUGCACGCAGCUUGUGAUGCUCGUUUGCUUUGCAGGCUUGCUCCCGCGCCGUCGAGUGCCACUACUCACCAGCGCCGGCCAGGGGCCGCUGGCAGCCUUCUUCCUGCACAUCUACCUCACGCCUUGGACGGACGUGCUCGGCCACCGUGUGCUGGGAGGGUUUGCAAAACUACUCGCGCCCAUCCCGAUCAUGGGCCUCGCGAGCUGUCUGACGAUCGUUGCCGCCCUCGGUCUAUGCUUCUUGCUGGUUUGUGCCUUCGCUGCCAUUGGCCGUGUGGCGCUCACCCGCAUUCGAGUGCAAGGCCAGCUCAUCGGGACCUCGCCGGCGAGAUGGCUGACUCAGGUUGCAAGUGACGCGCGCGAGAGCUGCGGCCACGCAUGCAACGAGGCGCGCGCUUGA